CGAGGGUAUGUAAAAAAACAUUUAUAUACAUAUAUGUAUCAUAUCAUUUUAAAAAUAAAAAUUGUAUAUAUUAUAAUCGUUCGUUGGUUUUAUAGAGAGCUUUUAUUCGGUCUGCCCCGAAAAGCUCUGCGCUUAUAUGGCCGAACAAUGUGGCAGAGUUAAAGUGGCCGUAGACCCGUUUUGCGGCGCCGGAGGGAACGUGAUUCACCUGGCACGUAGAUUCGACAAAGGUACUGUAAUAUUUUUUGCAUUAAAAAUAAAUAAAACCGUUUUCGUAGAAAUAAAAUGAGAAAACAUAUUAUCUCUACUUAAUUGUAAUUACCGAAAUAUAACAAUUGUAUACAAUGUAACCUACCUAUAUAUUGUAUUAUAAUAAUAUAUUAAUUGGUACACCUAUUAUCUGCAAUUUCUAAUAAUUGUAAUAUUUUAUGUUUGUAAUAGUAAUUGCUGUAGAUAUUGACGCGGAUAAAAUUAUAAUGGCCAAGCAGAAUGCCGCGAUUUAUGGAGUUGGAGAUAAAAUUGAAUUCAUUGUUGGAGACUAUUUUAAGCUGGAAAAUCAGAUCAAGGGUGACGUUAUAGUCACGUCGCCACCAUGGGGCGGUCCAGAAUACAGUAAAAUGGAUGUGAUCGGGCCGUUGGAUCUGUAUAUGGAUAAAAUUCUGGAAGUGGGGAAAACGAUUGCCCCAAAAAUACUGUUACAUCUCCCCAAAAACCUUAAUAAAAAUGAGUGUUGGAAAAUGUGCAACGGAGUUGGUGCCAGCCUCCGAAAAAUAGAAAAUGUGUUUAUGAACAAGUACCUCAACUCGACGUUGUUCUAUGUCCGAUCCAAUAAUGUAAGUUAUAAGUCAUUGUGUAUUUAACACAAUAAAAGCAUAAUAAAACAAUAAUUAAUAGACUAUAUUAAUAUAGUACCUACCUACUAAAUUAAUUUAAUAUUCCUGACCGUACCUGCGCAUAAUUAUAAUAAUUUAUUAUUUAUGUUUGAAUUCAUUAGAACGAUGCCGUAUCAGACGUUCCUCCCAAAC